AUGGCGGCUCCCCGGCUGGUUCUGGUGUUCAGCGGGAAGAGAAAAUCCGGGAAAGAUUUCAUCACCGACCGACUACAGGAGAGCCUGGGCGGAGACACGUGCGCCAUCCUGCGUCUCUCGGGUCCCCUGAAGAAGCAGUUUGCUCAGGAGCGCGGUCUGGACUUCCAACGCCUGCUGGACGCCAGCGAGUACAAAGAGACCUUCCGAGCCGCCAUGAUCCGCUGGGGGGAGGAGCAGAGGACCGCCGACCCCGCCUACUUCUGCCGCCUCAUCGUAGAGGGCGUGUCCCAGCCUGUGUGGAUCAUCAGCGACGCCCGGCGGAGGUCAGACGUGGAUUGGUUCCUGUCAUCGUACCGCGGCGUCACCCAGACAGUGCGCGUGGUGGCGUCACAUGAGACCCGGAGGGCGCGAGGAUGGGAGUACACCCCGGAGGUGGAUGAGGCGGAGUCAGAGUGCGGUCUGGACUCCGGCGUGACGUUUGAUUGGAUCAUCACUAAUGACGGGGAUCAGCGCGCUCUGGAGGAGGAGCUUCACAAACUGACGGCGUUCAUCCGGAGCAAGCUGGACGCAGACGUGUGA